AUGCUUCAAGUUUGGACAUGUUGGCUGAACCUGAGCUGGCUCUGUGCCACUCACUCAGAGCUGCAGCUGACUUUGUGUUGCUGCAGUUCAUACUCUGUUGACUUUGCAUCACUGAGGUCGCCCCAGCACCACUGCACUGCUAGUGGGGUUCAAGACCCUGAGGAGUUCAUCUUGCCCUUCACCCCAGAUCCUCUCCUUCCCACUUGCAAAGUAUUGCUGUCUGAGCUGUUGAUCCCUGCUUAUCAUUAUUAUAAGGUACAUCUAUCAUCAUCAGGUGUUGGGCUGACUUAUCAUCACUAUCAGUUACUGCUGUUAUCAGUCCAAAGUACCCAUAUCAUUGUCAACUUUGUUCACCAUUGUCAUCAGGUAUACAUUAUCCUGUUCAUUGGCACUUGUCUCAUUCCUUACCCACUCCAUCUGGUACUGUUGUCCAAGGAGAUGUCAAAAUAA